CCCUCUAACAGACGUUCCAAGCUUGGCACACAAUACGGGUCGCAAAAUGAAGCCCUUAACGCUGGUGCUCACUGUGUUUCUUCUGGGAGGCAUCACCGUGCUACUGUCGGAGGUGUCAGCAGCCCACCUACCGGUUCCGUACUUCGAUCAGCGUCUCACCGGUGGACCGUUGUCGAGCAGUGACAUUGCCUACUUGCGGCGGCUGGUCGAGUCGGAGUCCGCCGACGAGGUAACCACCGUGGAACCCGGCUCGUCGGAGGCCGGCACCUGGGAAAACUCGUGCCUCGGCGAAACGGAAUCCCCCGGUGAUGGCCAUCCGUGUGCGGAUGAAUCAAGCGAAUCGUCAUCGGACGAGUCCUCGAUUGAGGAGCAACCACAUUAGGGCCACCACUGAUCCUUGGAGAACGGGGCGGGUCGGUGGUCGUAUUUGAAAUAAAAGCAUUCGCGGGAAAUGGCA